UCACUUGGUUUCUCAAUGUUACCAAAUCAUUUUUGCCUCUCAUAAGUAACAUUAACUUACGACAACAACAUGAUUAAUGUUUUGAUAACAAGUUAAAUCAUCUGAUCAUAAAUUUAACUUGAUUGCGAUUAGACUUGAUUAUCUAGUUAAUCUGUUUCCUGUUUACCUUUGUUUCAAAUCAUCAUUAACUUUUCAUCAUUUACCUUUAUUGAUUUACCUUUUCCCCUUUGUCUAAUAUUAUAUUUCCUGUGUCUAUGUGAGUGACUUUUUCUGUUUAUAUCUUUGUGUCCAUGUUAUUAAUAACUGACCUUUUGGAUUUAUCAACUAACCAUAAUAAUAAUAAUAAUAAUAAUAAUAAUAGUUGAUGAUAUUUGUUAGUUUGUAGUCACAUUUUAUUGAGUAUCACCUGAGAUUUAUCAGAAAGGGUUUGACCAUUGUCCAGUUGAAGGGAUAGUUAAACAACUAUGGGCUGUUUAACAUCAAAAAAUGAGCAACAGCAACAACAACAAGCUCAAACUGAAUCAACUAAUAAUUAUUCAUGGGAUAAUCGUGAAAAAAUUGAUCCAUGUGAAUAUACAAUUGAAAAUGUAACGGAAUCAACGGUGAUUAAGAAACCAGGUUCAAUUAAUGGUCAACAAUUUAUCGUUCAAAAUUGCCAAAAAUCAAUUCUAUGCAUAUUUGAUUACCUUGAUUCAGCAACAGUUGAUGAUUGUAAUGAUUGCACCAUUUUUGUUGGACCAACAAAGGGAAGUAUCUUCCUUCGGAAUUGUUCGAAUUGCCGAAUAAUUUGUGCCAGUCAACAAUUUCGUGCUCGAGAUUGUAAAAAUCUUCAUCUCUUUUUACACUGUCUUACCAAACCAACAAUUGAAGCCUGUGAAAGUAUCUUAGUUGCCUGUUAUUCAUUUUUCUACUCACAACUUUCAGAUCAAUUCAAAUUAGCAGGAUUGACGGUCUUCAACAAUUCCUGGAGCCAAGUUUAUGAUUUCGGUGGAGAUGAGGGUGUUGAGAGUUGGUCUCUCCUUGACCAUGAUGUCCAACCUGAGGAUGUAUUUGAAUGUUUACUCAACAUCAAGGAACCAGAGAUUUCACUGGACACCGUGUUAAGUGUCGUACCUCGAACUUUGGGAGUUCGAACAGAUCCUUCGAUUGAAACUGGUUUGGUUAUAUUUUUCCCUGAUGGUAAUCGAGAGAAAAGAGCAAAAGCAUUUAUUCGUGAAAUGGCAGAAAAAUCGUGUUCGCUGGUUGCAACCAAAGAAUUUAUGAUGAAAGAAGUCGAAGCAUCUCAAGUAUUUCGAACUGAUUCUUAUAAUUCAGUCGUUGGUCGUGGUCCAGUUAUAGCGAUCCAACAUUUUGGACCUGAUUGUAUAAGGAAAUCUCACCAGGCCGCUAAAACAAUCGCUCUCGAAACGGGAUCAACUGGACUUGUCUACGUUUCAUCUAAUCCUGAAUCAGCUUUUGAACAGAUCAGCCUAAUAUUCAACUCGACUGAUCUUCCACAGGAAAAGUUUACCACACCAACCAAAGCACCUGAUGAACAAUCAAGUUAAAUCAAUUAUCGUCUCUGUUUAAUCAUAUGAAUCAAUAAAUCGUCAACGUUAUAACAUCAAAAAGUUAUUAAAUCUCAAAAUCUUAUGACGAUAAAAACUAAA